ACUGAUUGGGGGUUUAAUAUAAAAGCAGUGAUCACGCACACCCUCCCUGAACUGAAGAACAUCUCUGCAAAUCCUCACCACUGAACCAGCAAGACGAUCUCUUCAAAUCCUCACCACUGAACCAGCGAGACCAUGAAGGGCUGUCUGUUUGUGAUUCUCUGGUGCUGCCUGGCAGGCUGGUGCUUGUCCUCCUUCCCCCUGGACUGUGAGGAUGUCUACACGGCAGGGAAUUUCUACAGCGGAGUCUACAAGAUCUACCCAGCGGGGGGGCCCGGCUUCCCCCUCUACGUGUACUGCGAUAUGUACACCGAUGGGGGAGUGUGGACGGUUUUCCAGAGGAGGCAGGACGGGUCUGUGAAUUUCUACCGAGGCUGGAACGAUUACAAGCUGGGAUUCGGGAACGCGACUGGGGAAUACUGGCUAGGCCUGCAGAACAUCCACCUCCUGACUAUGAACCGAGACUACCAACUGAGGGUGGAUCUGCAGGACUUCGAGGGAAAGAGAGCCUACGCCUUCUACUCCUCCUUCGCCCUGUCUGCGUACGCCAUCAGCGGGGAGACAGACGGCUACACGCUGUCUGUGUACGGGUUUGGAAAUGGGGGAGCUGGGGAUUCCUUGAGCAGUCACAGCGGCCGCAAGUUCAGCACCUUCGAUCGAGACCAGGAUGGCGCCAGCUUUAACUGCGCCAUGGAGUUCCGCGGGGCGUUCUGGUACCACGACUGCCACAGUGCCAACCUCAACGGGGUCUACUACCAAGGGAACAGCACCCUGCACGGCAAGGGGAUCCACUGGGUAACCUGGAGGGGGCUCGACUACUCCCUCAAGGGGGCGGAAAUGAAAAUACGGGUGCUGAAGAAGAAGCCCCUCAAAGAGUAGCUCCCAUGGGCACCUGACCCACCCCUUGUGAAAGUUUACCACAGUAAAAGCACAGCAGCGAGUGAUAAAGCACAGUGAAAGGACAGGGAAGCAUUGGUAGGCAUUGUAAAGAAGCACAGAGAGGUAUGGUGAAGCAAUUUAAAAAACAUGGCAAACCAUGGUAAGCUGUGGUAAAUGCAUUGUAUAACCAUAGGAAAAGCAUGGGGGGAAACUGCACUACAAGAUCACCAUGGUAAACUUUUAUAAGGGCUAGACUGAGACAGACUGACCUUGACAUGUAUUGGUUUCUCUAUAUACCUAUUCUAUAUAUUGUGAAGCUUAUAAAAAAAAAAAAAAAAAACUUUCUAUUGUCAGUACAGAAUUAAAUCUAUGACAUGCA